AUGCAACAAUUAGGUGUAUGCUUAUUAACUUAUUUUUCUUUAUUCGUUGGAAAUUGUAUUGGUUCGGUUAAUGUUCAUGUUAAAAAUACAUUUAUUGUUGAUGAAUCAGGUCGUUAUCCAAAUGAAUUACUUGAUCCAAAUUUUGUUGAAAAUUUAUCAAAAUGGGGUUUAAAUUUUGUUAGACUUGGAAUGAUGUGGUCUGGUGUUGAAUCUGAACCAAAUAAAUACAAUGUUACUUAUUUAAAUAUAAUGAAAAACGUUAUUGAGUUACUUGAAUCAAAUCAUAUAUUUGUCUUACUUGAUAUGCAUCAAGAUGUAUUAUCAAGUCGAACAGGAGCUAUGAUAGUAUACCAUCAUGAUCCUUGGCCACUUCAAAUGGCUCCUAACGGUAGUAAUUGGUUUCUUAGUUAUAUAACAGAAGCAUGUUCACAUGGAUUUCAAUGUUUAUAUAAUAAUGUAGGUGGUGCUAUUGAAUCAAUGAGUCAUUUUUGGCGAUUAGUAGGUAUUGCUGGAACUACAAAUUUACAACCAUUUUAUGAAAAAAUAGCUAAAGCUAUUCGUUCAGUCGAUGAUGAUACUCUUAUUUUUUAUGAACCUGUAACAUGGGGUGUUCGAUUAAAUGGUAAAUAUUUUGGUACUGAAUUUACUCAUGUACCUGGUGGUGAUAAUUAUCGUAAUCGAAGUGUACUCUCUUAUCAUUAUUAUUGUAUAAUAUUAUCUCUUGAAUCUGUACCAGGCAAUAGUACAAUAUUACUAUUUGAUCGAGUACUUUGUGAUCAUAUUGAAGAAUCACUACUUUUUCGUUCGGUUCAAAAUGAUCUUGCACAAUUAGAUGGUUCAGCAUUUUUAACUGAAUUUGGUGGAUGUGAUGAUUCACCAACAUAUGAUGAACAACUUGAUUGGGGUUUAGGUGCAGCUGAUGUAUUUUUACAAUCAUGGGCAUUUUGGGGUAAUUCUUAUAAUGAUCAAGAAACAAUUAAACGUUUAUCACGUGUAUAUGCUCGUGCUAUUGCUGGUAAACCAUCUACAAUGGAAUUUAUACCUGCAGAUAGAUAUUUUUAUUUAUCGUAUUUUAUUGAUACAAAUAUAAAACAACCAACAGAAAUCUUCGUAUCACCUCUACAAUAUCCAAAGUCAAGUUAUAAUAUUACUGUGAAUAAUGCAUUAAAAUGGCGAGUUAAUCCAACAAAUCGUAAUAUUAUUCUUGUUGAACCUAGUGAUCAAAUUAUAAAUAGUAAAGGUCAAGAUGUUCUAGGUGUUUUUUUUAUUCAUCCAAAAGUUUAA